AUGACUUCCGCCGCCACCCUGCCCUCGUCGGCCGCCGCCGCCGCCUCGCUUCCUGUUGCCUCGAGCACGUCGACCACCCCUGCGAUGGCGUCUUCCUCGACCACCGCGACGGUGUCGCCGUUUCUCGCGGCUCUCCUUGCCGGGACCGCUCCUCCGCCGCUCGUCCCGCCGUCGAUCUCCACGCGACCGGCGGGCUCGUUGUUCACCAAUGGGGCCGGGUGGCCCUUCUCCACCCCGGUCUCUCCCCUUGCUCGGGCCACCUCUGCGAUGGUGCCGCCGCCCCCGACUCCGAUCUCGGGGUCGCCUGCGGUGGUUCCCUCGGCGUCUCCCACGCCCGCCUCGGCGCCUCCGGCCCCGAUCUCUGGCGUCCUUGCUGCCCCUGGCGCUCCUGCGGUUCAGCCGCCUCCGCCGAUCGGGUCCGCGCCUAUGGUGCCCUACGGGGCUGGCCUCUACGGUCAGCCGCUCUUCUACGGCAUGCCGCCGCUCUCCUACGGGCCGCACUCGCCACCGCCAUCUACGCCUGUCCUCGACACGCCCCCCUGCCGCGCCUCUCGUGGUGCCCACCGUCGGUUCUGCUGCUGCAGCCGGCUAUGCUCCCACUGCCGCACCGUUCCACUUUGCCCAUCUGUUGACGGUCAAGCUCAACGCCGACAACUAUCUCCUAUGGCGAGCCCAGGUGUUGCCUCUUCUGCGCAGCCAUUACCUGGAAGGCUUUGUUGA